AGCCUGCCUCUUUCUCAGUGCAGCUUUCCUUCUUUGCAGAGAGAUGCCAAAGGCCAGUACCUGUUUGACCUUCUUUGCCACCACCUGAACCUACUUGAGAAAGACUAUUUUGGAAUCCGCUUUGUGGACCCUGAUAAACAGCGGCACUGGUUGGAGUUUACAAAGUCGGUGGUGAAGCAACUGAGAUCCCAGCCUCCGUUCACCAUGUGUUUCCGUGUGAAGUUUUACCCUGCAGACCCUGCUGCCUUGAAAGAAGAAAUAACCAGGUACUUAGUCUUCCUACAGAUCAAAAGGGAUCUCUACCACGGCCGCCUCCUCUGUAAAACAUCAGAUGCUGCCUUGUUAGCAGCCUAUAUCCUUCAAGCGGAGAUUGGGGAUUAUGACCCAGGAAAACACCCUGAAGGCUACAGCUCCAAGUUCCAGUUUUUCCCUAAACAUUCAGAGAAGCUGGAAAGGAAGAUUGCUGAGAUUCAUAAGACAGAACUCAGUGGUCAAACACCAGCAACAUCAGAGCUGAAUUUUUUAAGAAAAGCACAGACGUUGGAGACAUAUGGAGUAGACCCUCACCCAUGUAAGGACGUGUCAGGAAAUGCUGCAUUUCUGGCCUUCACUCCUUUUGGGUUUGUUGUUCUGCAAGGGAACAAGAGGGUCCACUUCAUUAAGUGGAAUGAGGUGACCAAGCUGAAAUUUGAAGGAAAGACUUUUUAUUUAUACGUAAGUCAGAAAGAGGAAAAGAAAAUUAUUCUCACAUAUUUUGCUCCAACUCCAGAAGCCUGCAAGCACCUCUGGAAAUGUGGGAUCGAGAACCAGGCCUUCUACAAGCUGGAGAAGUCAAGCCAAGUCCGCACAGUGUCCAGCAGCAAUUUAUUCUUUAAAGGGAGCCGGUUCCGAUACAGUGGCCGAGUUGCGAAGGAGGUAAUGGAAUCAAGUGCCAAGAUCAAACGGGAGCCACCGGAAAUACACAGAGCAGGGAUGGUUCCCAGCCGCAGCUGUCCCUCCAUAACCCAUGGCCCAAGGCUGAGCAGCGUCCCUAGGACCCGGAGAAGAGCUGUUCACAUCUCCAUCAUGGAAGGUCUGGAGUCCCUACGGGACAGUGCCCACUCCACCCCGGUGCGUUCCUCCUCCCACGGGGACACCUUCCUGCCUCACGUGAGAAGCAGCCGGGCAGACAGCAAUGAGCGAGUCGCCGUGAUUGCAGACGAGGCCUACAGCCCUGCGGACAGUGUGCUACCCACCCCUGUGGCCGAGCACAGCCUGGAGCUGAUGCUGCUCUCCCGGCAGAUCAACGGGGCCACCUGCAGCAUUGAGGAGGAGAAGGAGUCUGAGGCUAGCACCCCAACUGCUGCAGAGGUGGAGGCCCUUGGGGGAGAGCUGAGGGCCCUGUGUCAGGGGCACGGCAGGCCAGAGGAGGAACAGGUGAAUAAGUUUGUUUUAAGUGUCCUCCGUUUGCUCCUUGUGACCAUGGGACUCCUCUUUGUUUUGCUCCUCCUCCUGAUCAUUCUUACUGAGUCUGACCUUGACAUUGCCUUUUUCCGAGAUAUCCGCCAGACCCCCGAGUUUGAACAAUUCCACUAUCAAUACUUUUGUCCCCUCAGGCGAUGGUUUGCCUGCAAAAUCCGCUCAGUGGUGAGCCUGCUUAUUGACACCUGAGAAGGCAUGACUCCUCCCAAUAACUAGCCAGGUGGACCAAGGAGCCCAGCUACCCAUUCCCAGCAAUUGGGACCCAUCGCGGAACCAUCGGCACAUGUACCAAGUCCUCCUCUCAUGACUCAAAGUCCACAGCCUGGGAGGGUCAUUUCCCAGAAGAAAAAAGGGAUAGGCUCAUGCCCUGUCUAAACAAACUGGGAAAACUCAUUUCCUUCAGAGGUUCCUUCAAGAAAGGCUCGCGACUCUGUUUCUCAUCCUCCCAAUUUGCAGGAUAAUUUUUGGUUUUGAAUUUUGAUUUUUCAUAGAUGUGUAUUAUUUUGAGAAUAUCAAAAAUAAUUUAUUUUACUAUUACUGAUUCUGGCAUUAGUGUCACCUAGUAGAUGGGACACUAGUUGAAGACUAGAGAGCUGCUGUCCUCUGAAUUCUGCAGGAGCUUCCCCACUGGGUUCCAGUGGACACAUCACUGCAGCCUCAGCGGGGCAGGCCAGGGGUCUGGACAAUGGGGACUGUCUAGGUUUUCUUGCCAGGCAGAGCUUUUUAAAAAGUAAACAUCCAUGUAGAAUGAUUAAAUGGAAAGUUGCUUCUUAUGAUGGUCUGAGUUGGAUUUUCUUUUCCUUUUGUUUUGUUUUUUUGUUUUUUCAAAUCUGAGCACAGUGGGCAUCUGAAGGGACCACCGCUACAGAAGCAGCAGCAGCAGCAGGGGUGGGGUAAGUCCGUCCCCUUAGACUAGAUCCUAGUGGCAUCACCAUGAGUUUUGUGUAAUGAACUUAGACUUCUGUGAUUUUUUUUUCUGAAGAACCUCAAGACUUUUACCGUGCUCCAGAAGCAUUAGGUGAAUUCAGUGGUGCCCAGGAGAGGGCUGUCAGAAACACUGAACUAAGCGUAGUUUACAGAAACCACAGCUAAGGUACCUGAGAGACUGUUGAGAUUCAGAGAGCAGUACUUAUUUUGUACACCCUCUUCCCUGCCAAAAAAGACUAUUUCAAUUUAUAUUUUAGCAACAAAAUGUUAUUUUCUUACCAAUUCAUAUUCUCUUUUUACUUUAUGGAUUAAGAAAAUAGAGCCUGAUGAACUUAAACGAUGCAAGAAAGAAACUGAUCCUGAGAAUGAAAAGCUUCAGAAAAUAGAAUUUCAAAAUCAACAAACAGCCUUGGAAGGGACCAGGAAAAGAAUCUCUUUAAAUAGGAGUCCUAAGAGAUGCCUACAAAAGAAAGAAGGUGAAUAUGGCAGACCAACACUUAGAUGUAGGAAUCCUGCCCCCUAGGGUCAUCCUCUGCACCAGGAAGGUAAACGCUGUAGGAAAGCCCUUGCCGUCCUUGCUGGGGGAGCGGCAGUCAUGGGCAGAAAGCAGCACAGCACGGGAAGGGUGAGCGUGGGGUCCGAGCCGAGCUCUGCAGCUCUCACAACCACUCACACGCAAGACUUGUUUUCAUCUCAGGGAGAGAUUUCUAUGUCAUCUGGGGCCUGAGGACUUAUUUAAGGACAGUCAGUGGACAUAUUCCUCGGAUCCACAUAACAGUGGAGCAGCUGCUGACACCCUGUGACGCUGGGCAGCCCCAAAUGCAGAACAGAAUGAGGCACUUGUAGAUUUGCUGUCCCCUUAUUUGUCCCCUGAAAUGGCAGAACCAUGUCUAUGAAUAGAUUACAACAGCCAUGAAAUGGGGUUUUUCUUUUUUUUAAGGUGGGAGGAUUGCUGCAUAAUUUUAAACACCCUUUCAUCUAGACCAGGGGUCGGCAAACUUCUAUAAAGUGCCAGAUAGUAAAUUUUUUUUUGGUUUUGGUUUUGUGGGCCCUACUCUGUGGCAACUACUCAACUCUGCCGUCUUAGCACAAAAACAGCCAUAGGUAAUACAUAAACAAAGGAGCAAGGCUGUGUUCCAGUACAACUUUUAUUUAUAAAAACAGACGGUGAGCUGAAUUUGGCCCACAGGCCAUAAUUUGCCAACCCCAAU